AUGACAGUUGCUCACCAUUGCAUAUUUUUGAUAAUCUUGGCCUUUCUGGAGCUGCUUAAUGUAGCUUCGGGAAGUAUAGAAGCGUGCCUGCCAGAUGGCCAAAAAAAAAACGGAAUGAAUAUCAACUUUUACCAAUACACAUUAAUGGAUUCGUCCACAUAUUCGAAUGCGGCAUAUAUGGCCUAUCAAUAUGCGGAGAAGGCGAAGUUAGGCUCCGUUGGUGGACAAACCACAAUUUCAAUUAAUUAUGAUAUACCAUGUGUUAGUGAUUUUGGAACUUUUUCGUGUCCUCAAGAAGAAUCUUCUAAUGAAUUUGGUUUCAUGUGUAACAAUGAAUUUUGCUCCAAUAGCCAGGCAAGCGCUUACUGGAGUUCAGACCUCUUUGGUUUCUACACUACUCCAACAAACGUAACUGUAGAAAUGACAGGCUAUUUUUUGCCACCUCAGACUGGUUCAUACACAUUCAGAUUUGCAACAGUAGAUGAUUCGGCAAUUUUAUCAGUCGGGGGGAGUGCUGCAUUUGAAUGUUGCAAACAGGAACAGCCUCCAAUUACAUCAACUAACUUUACAAUCAAUGGUAUCAAACCAUGGGGUGAGAGUGUACCCAAUAACAUCGAAGGAUCAGCCUAUAUGUAUGCUGGCUUCUACUACCCGAUCAAGAUUGUUUAUUCCAAUGCUGUCUCAUGGGGCACACUUCCGAUUAGUGUGACACUGCCAGAUGGUACUACUGUUAGUGAUGACUUUGAUGGGUACGUCUAUUCUUUUGGAGAUGAUCCAAGCCAAUCUAAUUGUACUAUCCCGGACCCUCCGAACUAUACCACUGCAGGCAUUAUAACAACUACAACAGAACCAUGGACAGGGACGUUCACCAGUACAUCCACUGGAGUGAGCGCUGUUACCGGCACUAAUGGCAACCCAACUGAUGAAACCGUCAUUGUCAUCAGAACACCAACAACUGUUAGUACCAUCACAACUACAACAGAACCAUGGACCGGUACCUUCACUUCUACAUCUACUGAAAUGACCACUGUCACCGGCACUAAUGGUGUUCCAACUGAUGAAACCAUCAUUGUCAUCAGAACACCAACAACUGUUAGUACCAUCACAACUACAACAGAACCAUGGACCGGUACCUUCACUUCUACAUCUACUGAAAUGACCACUGUCACCGGCACUAAUGGUGUUCCAACUGAUGAAACCGUCAUUGUCAUCAGAACACCAACAACUGUUAGUACCAUCACAACUACAACAGAACCAUGGACAGGGACAGUUACAAGCACAUCCACCGAGAUGACCACCAUCACUGGUACCAACGGUGUUCCAACUGAUGAAACCAUCAUUGUCAUCAGAACACCAACAACUGUUAGUACCAUCACAACUACAACAGAACCAUGGACCGGUACCUUCACUUCUACAUCUACUGAAAUGACCACUGUCACCGGCACUAAUGGUGUUCCAACUGAUGAAACCGUCAUUGUCAUCAGAACACCAACAACUGUUAGUACCAUCACAACUACAACAGAACCAUGGACAGGGACAGUUACAAGCACAUCCACCGAGAUGACCACCAUCACUGGUACCAACGGUGUUCCAACUGAUGAAACCAUCAUUGUCAUCAGAACACCAACAACUGUUAGUACCAUCACAACUACAACAGAACCAUGGACCGGUACCUUCACUUCUACAUCUACUGAAAUGACCACUGUCACCGGCACUAAUGGUGUUCCAACUGAUGAAACCGUCAUUGUCAUCAGAACACCAACAACUGUUAGUACCAUCACAACUACAACAGAACCAUGGACAGGGACAGUUACAAGCACAUCCACCGAGAUGACCACCAUCACUGGUACCAACGGUGUUCCAACUGAUGAAACCAUCAUUGUCAUCAGAACACCAACAACUGUUAGUACCAUCACAACUACAACAGAACCAUGGACCGGUACCUUCACUUCUACAUCUACUGAAAUGACCACUGUCACCGGCACUAAUGGUGUUCCAACUGAUGAAACCGUCAUUGUCAUCAGAACACCAACAACUGUUAGUACCAUCACAACUACAACAGAACCAUGGACAGGGACAGUUACAAGCACAUCCACCGAGAUGACCACCAUCACUGGUACCAACGGUGUUCCAACUGAUGAAACCAUCAUUGUCAUCAGAACACCAACAACUGUUAGUACCAUCACAACUACAACAGAACCAUGGACCGGUACCUUCACUUCUACAUCUACUGAAAUGACCACUGUCACCGGCACUAACGGUGUUCCAACUGAUGAAACCGUCAUUGUCAUCAGAACACCAACAACUGUUAGUACCAUCACAACUACAACAGAACCAUGGACCGGUACCUUCACUUCUACAUCUACUGAAAUGACCACUGUCACCGGCACUAACGGUGUUCCAACUGACGAAACUGUCAUUGUUAUCAGAACUCCAACCAGUGAAGGUUUGAUUACUACCACCACUGAACCAUGGACUGGUACUUUCACUUCUACUUCUACUGAAAUGACCACUGUCACUGGUACUAAUGGUGUUCCAACUGACGAAACUGUCAUUGUUAUCAGAACUCCAACCAGUGAAGGUUUGAUUACUACCACCACUGAACCAUGGAGCGGUACUUUUACAACCACGUCUACUGAAAUGACCACUGUCACUGGUACUAAUGGUGUUCCAACUAAUGAAGUAGUGAUUUUCAUCAGAACUCCAACUAGCAGAGAUCUAAUCAGCACCACCACUGAACCAUGGACUGGUACUUUCACCACCACAUCUACUGAAAUGACCACUGUCACUGGUACCAACGGUGUUCCAACUGACGAGACCGUCAUUGUCAUCAGAACUCCAACCAGUGAAGGUUUGAUUACUACCACCACUGAACCAUGGAGCGGUACUUUUACCACCACGUCUACUGAAAUGACCACUGUCACCGGCACUAAUGGUGUUCCAACUGACGAAACUGUCAUUGUUAUCAGAACUCCAACCAGUGAAGGUUUGAUUACUACCACCACUGAACCAUGGACUGGUACUUUCACUUCUACUUCUACUGAAAUGACCACUGUCACUGGUACUAAUGGUGUUCCAACUAAUGAAGUAGUGAUUUUCAUCAGAACUCCAACUAGCAGAGAUCUAAUCAGCACCACCACUGAACCAUGGACUGGUACUUUCACCACCACAUCUACUGAAAUGACCACUGUCACUGGUACCAACGGUGUUCCAACUGACGAGACCGUCAUUGUCAUCAGAACUCCAACCAGUGAAGGUUUAAUCAGCACCACCACUGAACCAUGGACUGGUACUUUCACCACCACAUCUACUGAAAUGACCACUGUCACUGGUACCAACGGUGUUCCAACUGACGAGACCGUCAUUGUCAUCAGAACUCCAACCAGUGAAGGUUUAAUCAGCACCACCACUGAACCAUGGACUGGUACUUUCACUUCUACUUCUACUGAAAUGACCACUGUCACUGGUACUAAUGGUGUUCCAACUGACGAAACUGUCAUUGUUAUCAGAACUCCAACCAGUGAAGGUUUGAUUACUACCACCACUGAACCAUGGACUGGUACUUUCACUUCUACUUCUACUGAAAUGACCACUGUCACUGGUACUAAUGGUGUUCCAACUAAUGAAGUAGUGAUUUUCAUCAGAACUCCAACUAGCAGAGAUCUAAUCAGCACCACCACUGAACCAUGGACUGGUACUUUCACCACCACAUCUACUGAAAUGACCACUGUCACUGGUACCAACGGUGUUCCAACUGACGAGACCGUCAUUGUCAUCAGAACUCCAACCAGUGAAGGUUUAAUCAGCACCACCACUGAACCAUGGACUGGUACUUUCACCACCACAUCUACUGAAAUGACCACUGUCACUGGUACCAACGGUGUUCCAACUGACGAGACCGUCAUUGUCAUCAGAACUCCAACCAGUGAAGGUCUAAUCAGCACCACCACUGAACCAUGGACCGGUACUUUCACUUCUACAUCUACUGAAAUGACCACUGUCACCGGUACUAACGGUGUGCCAACUAAUGAAAUAGUGAUUUUCAUCAGAACUCCAACUAGCAGAGAUCUAAUCAGCACCACCACUGAACCAUGGACUGGUACUUUCACCACCACAUCUACUGAAAUGACCACUGUCACCGGCACUAAUGGUGUUCCAACUGACGAAACUGUCAUUGUUAUCAGAACUCCAACCAGUGAAGGUUUGAUUACUACCACCACUGAACCAUGGACUGGUACUUUUACAACCACGUCUACCGAAAUGACCACUGUCACUGGAACCAACGGUAAGCCAACCGAUGAAACUAUUAUUGUCAUCAGAACCCCACGCAGUGCCAGCUCAUCCAGUGUUUCAUCUAGCUCUGUCACAUCUUCGCAUCCAAUCAUUACCCCCUUGUAUCCUAGCAACGGAACUUCAGUCAUUCCUUCUUCAGUCAUUCCUUCUUCAGUCAUUUCUUCUUCAGUCAUUUCUUCUUCUGUAACGACUUCCACUUCUAUAUUCUCUGAAUCAUCUGCAUCAUCCGUCAUUCCAACCACUAGCUCCACUUCUGGUUCUUCUGAGAGCGAAACGAGUUCAACUGGUUCUUCUACCAGCUAUUCUAAGGACCACGAAGCUAUUUCUGUUUCCACUUCCUCUUCUAUCUCUUCUGAAUCACCAAAGUCUUCUACAUAUUCGUAUUCGUCAUUACCACCUGUCACCACCACAACGACAAGCGAGCAAACUACCUUGGUCACCGUGACUUCCUGCGCAUCUCAUGUAUGCACCGAGUCCAUAUCCUCCGCCAUUGUUUCCACGGCAACCAUUACUGUUAGCGGCGUCACAACAGAAUAUACCACAUGGUGUCCUAUUUCUACCACAAAGACAACAAAGCAAACUACAACGACAACAAAGCAAACUACAGAGACAACAAAACAAACUACUGUAGUUACCGUUUCUUCUUGUGAAUCUGGCAUAUGCUCUGAAACUGCUUCUCCAGCCAUUGUGUCCACAACCACAGCCACUAUUAACGGCGCUACCACAGAAUACACGACAUGGUGCCCUAUUUCCACCACAGAAUCUAAGCAACAAACUACGCUAGUUACUGUUACUUCUUGUGAGUCUGGUGUGUGUUCCGAAACUGCCUCCCCUGCUAUUGUUUCUACAGCCACGGCUACCGUGAAUGAUGUCGUUACCGUCUAUCCUACAUGGAGCCCACAGACUACAAAUGAAGGGUCUAUCAGCUCUAAAAGUAUUAGUGCCGCCAGUGAGACUAAUACCAUUUCAGAGACUGCUAAGACAAAAACAGUAGGCACCUCUUCGCUUUCAAGAUCUGAUUAUGCUGAAACACACACGGCUUCGGCAACCAGUGUGAUCGGUCGCAGCAGUAGUGUUUCUGUAUCCGAAUCUGCCAACACCAAAGGUCUAACAACUCCCGGGUUGAGUACUGUGUCCCAACAACCUCGUAGCUCUCCUGCCAGUGGCAUAGUAGGAUCUAGUACUGCCUCUUUAGAAAUUUCAACCUACGCUGGCAUUGCCAAUGGUCUACUGGUCAACAGUGGUCUAAGUGUCUUCAUUGCUUCGUUGUUGCUGGCAAUUGUUUAA